CUAAGAACUCUAGGUCUCAGUUCAGUCCGGCAGGCUGCAUUGUCUGAGCUUCAGCUGCAACUCAGCAAAUCUCCCUUUGAAAUACUUUGGUAAGAGAAGACGCCCAAGGGGACGCAAAAGGACAGGAGCGCUUGUUGCAGAAUGCAGCUUCUCAUGACCUCUGUCCGGUUACCCUUUAACUAGACUGGGGAGAGGUCAGAUAGCAAAGCGUGUUUUCUGCAACGAGGAAUGAGUAACUUCAUAAUGGAACUGAGAAUGAGAAAAGAAACAUACAAGGAUGCCAUUCGAACUCUCAAUACGCUCCAGACGAAUGCCAGCUACCUGGAACAGGUGAAGCGGGAGCGAGGAGACCCGCAGGCACAGUUGGAAGCCAUGAAAGGAUUCCUGGAACGCAGUGGGUUAAAGGUCGAAGAUCUGGAUCAACUGAACAUUAUUCACGUCACUGGAACCAAGGGCAAGGGUUCAGUGUGUGCCUUUACAGAACGUAUUUUGCGCAACUUCGGCUUGAAGACUGGUUUUUACAGCUCUCCACAUUUGGUCCAGGUACGCGAAAGGAUUCGGAUAAAUGGGCAGCCAAUCAGCAAAGAACUCUUCAGCAAAUACUUCUGGCAAGUGUAUAACCGGUUGGAGGAGACCAAGGAUUUUGAGCAUGUUGCCAUGCCGGCUUACUUCCGCUUUUUGACCAUCAUGGCCUUUCAUGUUUUCUUGCAGGAAAAGGUAGACCUGGCGGUUGUCGAGGUUGGCAUUGGCGGCGCAUACGACUGCACCAACAUAAUCAGGAAACCUGUUGUGUGUGGGGUGUCCUCUCUGGGCAUUGACCACACCAGCAUCCUGGGGGACACCAUUGAAAAGAUUGCAUGGCAGAAGGGGGGAAUCUUCAAGCCAGGAGUGCCAGCGCUCACAGUGCCACAGCCAGACCGGCCCUUGGAAGUUCUGAAAGAACAAGCCCAGCGGAACUCGUGUCCUCUCUACCUGUGCCCAGACCUGGAUGCCUUUGAAAAGGAAGAGAAGCCUCUUCGGUUGGGGUUGGCAGGCGACCAUCAGCGCUCAAACGCCGCUCUGGCCCUGCAGCUGGCCCAUGUGUGGUUGGAACAGCAAGGAUAUCUGGAUAUCGGUGAGUUGAGGGAUCCAUGGCCCAGCCCUGAGUUGUCGCCGAAGAAGCCCCCUCCGUUGGCCCCCGUCUUCAGGCCUGGAGAGCCCAUGGUCCAAGGGCUCCAGGCGACGGAAUGGCUCGGGCGCAACCAAGUGCUGCAUCACGGCCCUUUGACGUGGUACAUCGAUGGCGCCCACACCACCAGCAGCAUCCAGGCCUGCGUGCGCUGGUUUCGCCAGGCUGCCCUCAACGAGGAGAAGCCCACAGAUGGCUCCGAGGUCCGAGUGCUGCUCUUCAAUGUGACCGGAGACCGGGACACUGCUGCUCUCCUGAAGCUGCUGCUGCCUUGCCAGUUUGACUAUGCUGUUUUCUGCCCCAAUUUCACUGAAGUGUCUACUGUGGGGAAUGCAGACCAGCAGAACUUCAACGUGACACUGGAGAACGUCUUGACCCGCUGCCUGCAGAACCAGAGCUACUGGAAUCGCCUGAUGGAGGCGAAAGUGAGCCAGGACCCUUGGCUGUCCCCUGCUGCAGAGGUGGAAGGGGUAGGCGGUUGGCUGAAGCCGGCCCCCCUGCACGGAUCCCUGCUCUUCAUGCCUCCCUCCGCUCGCCCGCUGAAUUCCAACUCCUUGGUUUUCCCCUGCAUCUCCCACGCUCUACAAUGGAUCACUCAGGGCAGGGACCCGCACUUUCAAGCCCCGGCCUCCAGAGGGCUCCACCCUCACCCCGUGGCCAGCAGCGGCGCCGUGCUGCUCAAGGAGGCAGCCACCAUCCGGGUCCUGGUGACUGGCAGCUUGCACUUGGUGGGCGGGGUCUUGAAGCUGCUGGAUCAGUCGCUCUCGCAGUAGGGGGCGCCGCUGGGCUUCCCUCCUGGGACUGCCUCUGCUGUCUACUUGAAAUGCUCUCGGGUGCAAGAGGGCGACGGGCUGUUGGCGCGCCUCUGAGAUCGUGAUGGCACCUGCAGACAGGUUGGCUCCCUGAGGCUGCUUCCGGCUUCUUCGAAGACC